AUGAAGGUUGCUAUUAUCAUUUACUCAUUAUACGGACAUGUUUAUGAUCUUGCAUUAGAAGAAAAGAAAGGUGUCGAGUCAGCCGGUGGUCAAGCUGACAUUUAUCAAGUUGAAGAGACUUUGUCUGAAGAGGUAUUGCAAAAAAUGCAUGCUCCAGCAAAACCAGAGAUCCCUGUUGCAACGACUCAAACUUUAUUAGACUAUGAUGCGUUCUUAUUUGGUAUUCCAACUAGAUUUGGAAAUUUCCCAGCUCAAUGGAAAGCAUUUUGGGAUAGAACAGGUGGAAUUUGGGCCAAGCAAGAAUUGAGAUACAAAUUUGCUGGUGUUUUUGUAACUACUGGAACCCCGGGAGGUGGUCAAGAAACCACAGUUAUCAAUUCAUUGAGCACUUUAACCCACCAUGGUAUAAUCUACGUUCCAUUUGGCUACGGCUAUUCCGACAUGACCAAUUUGGAAAUUGUUCAUGGUGGUUCUCCUUGGGGAGCUGGUGCAUUUGCCGGUGCUGACGGACUGAGAAAGCCAAAUGAUUUAGAAAAGGGAUUUGCUAAACAACAGGGUCACGAUUUUUACCAAGCUAUUACAAGAGAACCAAAAAAGUAG